AUGUCGAACACGACUGCUGAAGAUCCUAUCAACCCAGACUGGCUCAAUAAGGGAGACAAUGCCUGGCAACUCACAGCUGCCUCCUUGGUCGCUCUUCAGAGUGUACCAGGUUUGGUAGUUCUGUAUGCCGGCUGGGUGAAGCACAAAUGGGCGAUCAACUCAGCCUUCAUGGCAUUCUAUGCUUUUAGCAUGGUCUUGCUGUGUUGGGUGGUAUAUGCAUACAAAGCGGCAUUUGGAGAGCAGAUGUUGCCUUUUGUAGGCAGACCUGGACCUGCCAUCGGAAUGGACUAUCAAUUACGGCAAUCAGUCAUCCCCGCCGGAGACUUGACGCAGAAUUUUCCUCAAUCGACCAUGGUGUAUUUCCAAUUUGUUUUCGCGGCUAUCACUCUCGUCCUGAUUGCUGGCUCCUACCUCUGCCGCAUGAACUUCUUCGCCUGGAUGCUGUUUGUGCCACUCUGGUUGACUUUCUCUUAUGUGGUCGGCGCUUUCUCCAUAUGGGGAGGCGGAUUCCUAUUCCAGAUGGGUGUCAUUGACUACUCUGGAGGAUAUGUUAUCCACUUGUCAGCAGGCACGGCUGGGUUUGUUGGAGCGUGGUGGAUUGGACCUCGAACAGAGGAGGAUCUCGAGGACAAUCAUCCAAACAAUAUCUUGAUGAUGCUGGUUGGAGCUGGUAUCUUGUGGAUUGGCUGGAACGGCUUCAAUGGUGGUGAUCCUUAUGCUGCCAGCCCCGAUGCAGGUGCUGCUGUCUUGAACACGAACAUCUGUACCGCUGUCUCUUCACUCGUCUGGGUUGCUAUGGAUUUGGCAUAUUUCAGAAAACCGUCCGUCAUUGGAGCUAUUCAAGGCAUGAUUACUGGUCUUGUCGCUAUUACUCCUGCUGCUGGUGUUGUUGCCGGCUGGGGUGCCAUCGCUCUCGGUGUCGGCUCUGGAACCAUCCCAUGGGUCUCCAUGAAUAUUGCUGGGCGACGCUUGUCUAUCUUCUCCCACGUUGAUGAUACUCUCGAAGUUUUCCACACCCACUUUGUCGGCGCUCUCGUCGGUGGCAUUGGAACAGGUCUCUUCGCUACGUCAGCUGGUUGUGCUGCAUUCGGCAUCACCAACCCCGGAGGAGCCAUUGACGGGAACGGAAAACAAGUCUGGCUUCAGAUUGUUGGAGCUCUCUUCAUCAUUGGCUGGAAUAUCGUCUGGACAUCUCUGAUUAUGUGCUUUAUCAAAUAUGUGUUGAGAGUUCCUUUGAGGAUGACUCAAGAACAGUUGGAUGUCGGUGACUAUGCCGUGCAUGGCGAGGAGCCAUAUACUUUUGCGCACUACAACAUCAAGCAUCCUACACCACCGCUCAUGAAGAGACGAACAACCAAGAAGGGAGACGAGGAGACUCCCAGAGGUGCGGUGUUGAUGGGUACCAAUCCUGCCGAGACCAUUGAGAAGAGUAGCUCUGGAGGAAGUGUGGGGAAGAAAGAAGAUUCUAAUGUUGCUGUCUCGACUGGGGCACAGCCUAUUGACGAGUAGAUUGGUUGCAGUGGGGACAUACUGGGAGUGGAGGUGGAUUGUGUGAUACCUAUUUGCUGCAUUUCUUUGUCGGGGUCUAUAGACUGGAUGU